AUGUCUACCGACGAUUUUCUUCCUACAAAGUCUUCUUCAUCAUCACCCACACCCAUCAUAACCGAUUUAUACACAAUCCAUCAUUCCAAUAGUCCUUCUACUAUCCUUGUCACAUCUUUGUUGACAGGAGAUAAUUACGGAUCAUGGAGUCGUGCAGUCAGAAUGGCACUUCGUGCCAAAAAUAAGCUUGGUUUCGUUGAUGGGUCACAUCCAAUUCCGACAGAGAAAUCUGACAUUUCUAAUUGGGAACGUUGUAACGAUUUGGUAGGAAGUUGGAUCCUUAAUUCUGUUUCACCUGAGAUCCGUCCAAGUAUCUUGUAUGCUGAAACGGCAGCACAAAUUUGGACUGAUCUCAAGGAUUGUUUUUCUCAAUCAAAUGCUCCAAAAAUUUAUCAAUUGAAACAGUCCAUUUCUAUCCUCAAACAAGAAAGCAUGUCUGUUUUAUUGUAUUUUACGCAACUCAAAUCUCUAUGGGAUGAACUCGGUUCCAUUAUACAUAUCACUCCUUGCAUUUGUGGUAAUGCUAAAAGCAUUAUUGACCAACAAAAUCAUGAUCGAUCCAUGGAAUUUCUUGAAGGACUACAUGAUCGUUUUUCCGCUAUUCGCAGCCAAAUUCUCUUGAUGGAACCAUUUCCUUCCAUUCAACGUAUCUAUAAUUUGGUGCGUCAUGAAGAAAAGCAGCAAGAGAUCAAUAUUCUCACAACUCCUACUGUUGAUGCCGCUGCACUUCAAGCAUCUAAACCUCCAUUUCGUCCGUCGAGAAAACGUCAACGUCCAUUUUGCAACCAUUGCAACAAACAUGGUCAUACUCUUGCUACAUGCUAUCAACUUCAUGGUUUUCCCAACAAACAUGUGAAGAAAUCUGUGCCACCACCAUCCAACUCCACUCUUAUGGCUAGUUCACUCACGCACGAACAAUACAACAAGCUUCUCACACUUCUUGCCAAAGAAGAAACUAGUGGACCCUCAGUGCACUUAGCAGGACCAAUCAACGAAGAAGACGAUUGGUCGGGGUAA